AUGACCAACGUCUCGACUAAAAAAGCACCUAUUGAACGAAAAACACAAAUUUUGCGUUUAACUAUUGCUCUUACUGUUGUUUCAUUUAUCAUUUUUUUAAUAACACUUACAUCAAGUCAAUGGAUAGUUAUUACCUAUCCAAACGCUACCUUCAUUUCAAGACAAAAUAUGUAUGUUACUCAAUCUACAUACGGUAUUAUAUGGGAAUGUGUACUCGGUGUACCAAAAUUAAAUUCAACGUAUGAAAAAAAAUGCGAUUAUCAUCAGAAUCAAGUUCAAAAUGCAUCAAUAGCAGCCGAACAAACACUUGUCGGAAUGAUUCGUACAAUGCUUUCAUUUAGUAUUAUUCAUAUUCUUCUUGCAAUUAUUACAUUUAUUUGUGGUUUGUAUAGUAUUCGUGAUUAUCGAUAUACCUAUAAACGAUUAACGGGCAUGAUUUAUAUUCUAACCGCUGCAUCACUUGUUGUUUGCAUUGAAGUACUAAUUACGAUAUUUCGUCAUUCAAGCGAACAUUUACCUUAUAUUUAUCCACAUGGUACAAAACAUACAUAUGGUGUUUGUUUUAUAAUUGCUUGGAUAAUUUUUAUUCAAUGGCUUGCGUCGUCCUUUGUCUUUUUUGCUUGUAGUAAAAAACGAAAAGGUACAUUCGAUGAAGCUACUGAAGAAGAAGCUAGAGCUAAUCUACCUGUUAAUCUUGGUCGAUAA